AUGUACAGCAUUGAGAGCACCGUCCUGGAGUACCUGUCCACGUUGCUUAGGUUCGUUCUCAGAUGUCAAGAUAUCGAACUUCGUCGUCGCGUGGCCGAGAUCACCGAUACUUGGGACUUCGGGGAGUCAAUGCACCCUCACAUCAACACUGCGCUUGUUCUGGCAGAGUCUGCCUACGACCAUCUUACCGACCUAAAUGCAAAGGUCAUCAUUACCAUUGUCACCGCGCUCCUCAUUUCAACGGACGACUCGAAUGCACUCGAUGGCCUUGGAUUCGACCAGUUCCAUCGCCGACACUUAGACUGUACGCUUCACGCAGACAAGAGUCGUAUGGGCUUGCUCGCCAAUGUUUUGAGCCAAAUGGUAGAAUGUUUCCCGAACUUUGGAGCCGGGACAAUCCUGGUGUCGGUACUGCAGAUCGUGAAUGGGAGGAAACUGGAGAGCAUAGCGAGAGAGACGACGCUGCAUCAGAAAGCCUUGCCGUUUGUGGAGUACCGGCGAAUGGUGACUGGUGGGCCGGAGGCGUAUGCCUUUAUGAUCUGGGAGAAGGCCCGAUUUCCCACUGUGGAUUCCUACAUACAGGCAAUUCCCGAUAUUCUCUCCUUUUACAAGGAGGAACUUGCCAACGAGCUAUCCAACUACAUCCAUGACCAUGUUAUUGUAACAGGGAUCGCCCCCUCGGACACUCUCAGGAAUGUCAUAGACGAGUCGGUCUCUGCAUCAGAGCGGGUAUCGACUGCGGCAGCUUUUUGGAGACAACUUGAGAAAUGUGGUGGACGAAUGAACUCGUUCAUUGAAGAAAUGAUGGAUGUUGUAUCUGUUUCGACGGUGACCGGCGGAUGCAUAGUCGGAGAUACUAGUGCGGAGACGGCAGUGUCUUAG